AUGUUGCGUGCAAUCUGGCUUGCCAUGCUGGUGCUGGGCACCCUUUGGUAUUUCAAGGGCCAGGGCUCCAGUACCGGCCUCGAUCUAUCUUUGUUCGACGAUGAGGCAGCCGUCCAGCCAUUCAAUUCCCGGAUCGUGUCUACUGACAUCGCAAAGCGAGUGUCGAAAAGCAAGUUGAGCUUUGAUGAGUGGGCUACCCGUGGACGCAGACUCAUUGAGUACAUGGAAGAAAGCGAUCCGCAAAAACUGUGCCAGAACAUGCUGAGAGAUGGCGUGCUGUCCGAUGCCCAAAAAGCCCAAUGCACUACACAGAGUGUCUUUACCAGAUACGAAGAACUUGCAACCAACGGAUGGGAGAAGAAUCCUCCAGGAUACUGGCACCCCGACUCUGUCACUCUCAACGCACAAGUCUUGGUGCAGGACGCGUUCCAAUCCCUGGGCAUCUCUACAUCCAUACGCACAGCUCAGAACCCAGGAGGCAGCAACGAGGGAGUGAGCUGGGAGCAGACGAGCGUUGUCUUCAACGGUAAAGAAGUCUGCGAGGCAACAGAGGCGAUCUACAAGGUGAUCUAUAACACCAAAGACGGCGUUAUGGUCGGAGUGUACAUGGAUAGUCCGACGGAGAAACGCAAAGAAAUGUAUACCUCGGAUUGGAAACUUGAUCCUGAGCUUGCGAUUCCUGACCUGCACUUGGCAAGUGAUGUCGUAAGUCUGGAGUACGCCGAACAGUGUCGUCGAAAUGGAGAACGACCGCAGAGCUUUCGUUAUUACUUCAGCGACCAGAUCAACAAUGACGAUACCCUGAGCAUUAUCAAUGUCGUUUUGACGAACAAGGGCUAUCCUGCGACUCCUGUUGAUGGAUUUGGCAACAUCGUAGCCAGACCAUGGUGA